AUGGCUGACUACGAACGCCGGAAUCACGGCCCUCGCGGUGGUGGUGGUGGCGGCGGCGGUGGACGCAAGCGCCGCUACAGAGAUGACGAGGAUUUUGAUCGCCGCCCCCAGAGACGCAGAUAUGAAGAGCCUUUAUUUGUCCAGGUCCGACGUCAAUUGCUGACUAUUGCUGAAUCGGCUGCCCGGAGAGUGGAAGAUGAUAUCAUGGGAAUCGCCAAGUCGGCUGCUGAAAACUUCGACGACGAGGAGCUACGCGACACCUUCGUUAACAUUUCUCUGGACCUUGUUCAGGAACAACCGAUGAAAAUCCCUUUUGUGGCCGCCACAACCCUGGUCGCUUAUAACCUCAAGGCUGAAUUGGGUGCGGAAGUGCUUAAGAAGGCAGGCGAGAUCUUGCAGAAACACAUCAAUUCGGGGUCAUGGCGAGAGGUGAAGCUUGUCCUUCGCUUCUUGGGGCUGUUACAGCCUCUCUUUGAGGGCGAUGGUAUUUUCCCGCUGUUGGAGGAGCUGUUUGCUCGUGCUGUUGACCUUCAAACGGCAUCCUCGGAGGAUCUGCUCGGUCUGGAGCUUACCAAGAUUAUUUUGUUCACUAUUCCUUAUGUGAUGUCUUCUCCCGCCACCGGCUUUGAGCUUCAGGCUAUGGCGCUCCUUGAGAAAACGGACAUCAUUGCGUCUACGCCACACGCAUUGGUGGACCUGGUGAAUACUUUCAGCCCCGAAGAGAACAGGGAAGCUGCUGGACCCAGUGUUAUCGGUCUUCUCCAAAGUCAACUACAAGGCGAGGCUAGCCGGGGCUGGGAGUUGAAGUGUCUCCCUCGUCCUUGGAAAGGUGUUCAGAAAAUUGAGCAGGGUGAACAAGAUUCUGAACAAGAAUUUUUCGUACCAGUGAACAAGGUCUCUUUCCCACAGAUCAAUGUUCCCAAUCCUGUGCCGAACGGUGCCCGCCCUCUUUUCCCCGAAGUUUACAUCUCGGUGUAUGCCAACCAAGAAAUCGAUACUGUGCCUCCACCUUCAGAUGUCACGUCGCUGCUCAUAAGAGACGCAUUGGUGGACACCAUCGAUCUUCUUGACUUCAACCGUGUUGCAACGGCCAAGUAUUUGAUUGAUGUGGACUGUUACUUCACCCCGCACACCUUCGUCAAGCGCGCCACGCCCUUUGACCGCAUGCGUGACCUUGCUGGCGAGGGUCAGUCGUGGAAGCCCGAAGAUGUUGCAGUGGAUGCCGUGUUCUCUCAGCUGUAUCGACUGCCCACCUCCGAGCACAAACUGGUAUAUUACCAUGCCCUCUUGACCGAGUGCUGCAAGAUUGGCCCCGCCGCCAUCGCGCCUAGCUUGGGUCGUGCUAUUCGGUUCUUGUAUAAUAACCUGGAGACCAUGGAUCUGGAACUGAGCAACCGGUUCUUGGAUUGGUUUGCUCAUCAUCUGAGUAACUUUGGUUUCACAUGGAAAUGGAGUGAGUGGGUUGAUGAUCUUGAGCUUCCUGCCAUCCAUCCCAAGCUGGCCUUCAUCAAUGGUGCUUUGGAUAAGGAAAUCCGCCUCAGCUUUGCACAGCGCAUUAAGGGUACUUUGCUGGAGCCCUAUAUUCCCUUGAUCACAGAAGGCAAGGAGAAGGAUACACCCGAGUUCAAAUAUUUCUCCGAGACGACCCCAUACGCUAAGGAAGGACAGGAGAUUAUGCAGCUCAUCCGAAAGAAGGCCAGUGAUGAAGAAAUCCAGCCAGUGAUUGUAGCAAUCGAGGAACAGGCCCAAAGUCUGGGAGUAGAGGACGUCAAGGUGCCUUCGACGGAUGCCUUGAUGACCUCAAUCUGCUUCGUGGGAUCCAAAUCUCUCUCUCAUGUUCUCUCGUGCAUUGAAAGAAACAAGGACCGGCUGCUGGCCAUCGGACCGGUAUCGCAGCGGGCCCGAUGCCAGAUCAUUGCCUCCGUGAUGGAGUACUGGGCUGACCAACCCGGCAUCGCUAUCAACAUCAUCGAUAAGCUCCUCAACUACACGAUCAUCAGCCCCUUUUCCGUACUUGAAUGGGCUCUUUCGGAGUCUCUGGGAGCUGGCACGGUGCUUGCCAAGGCUCAUAUCUUCGAAAUGAUCUCCGCUACCGUCGGCAAGGUUACCAAUCGUAUGCGCCAGAUCGUCGCGGCUCGUAUCCAGCCUGGCCUGUACGAACCCCAGCUGAGUGUGAUAGAUGGGACACUUGCCCGUGAGAGGACCGAGAUGCAGACGCUGUUCAAAUUCAUUGAGGAUUCCAUUGUCUCAGUGGCUGCUGGCAGUAAUGAUGAGCUGAUGGAGCGUGGGGAUGGCAGCGGAGAUCUGCCGGAGGACGCUAUUAUUCGCCAAUGGGGUCGUCGAUGGCUUCGUGUGUUCAGACGCAAGGUUGCCGUGGAAGAGGCCUUCAUCAUGGAGUCUUUGGUGAACGCCACCCCGGUUGGCACUGUCGCUCCCGUUCAGGCUGAUGCUGGAAUCACUGGUGAUGGAGACAUUAAGAUUGCCGAUGCAGAUGAGCAAUAG